AUGGCUAUUAUCCGUUCUUUGAUUGCCGCAACUGCUCUUCUCGGAGCAGCGGCUCGCGCCCAGGUCGUCGGCACUCCGUUUGGCUUCGGUGCAGGCACCACUGGCGGCGGUGAUGCGACCCCUGCGGCUCCAGCAGACAACGACGAGCUAACUCAGUGGCUUGCGGACGAUGAGCCCCGUGUCAUUCUCAUUGACAAGGAGUUUAACUUUCUCGGCGACACAUGUGUUGACUGCGAGUGCUGCAUUCCCGACUCCAAUUCUUGUGGCGAUGCAGGCCAAAAUGCUAUUGAGGUUGGCAUCGGCUGGUGUGGUGACUCUCCUACGACCACCUGCACAUAUGACAAUGCCGGUCUGAGCGGUCUUGAAGUUGGCCCGAACAAGUCCAUCGUUGGUGUGGGCGAUGCCGGUGUCAUUCGUGGUACCGGUCUUCGUCUCCAUGGCACGAGCAACAUCAUCGUCCAGAAUAUCCACAUCACCGAGCUCAACCCGCAGUACAUCUGGGGUGGUGAUGGUAUCUCGCUUGAUGGUUGUGAUUUGAUCUGGAUUGAUCACGUCAAAAUUUCCCUUGUCGGUCGUCAAAUGCUUGUCACUGGAUACGAAACAAGUAGGUCCCUCUCCCUUGCCGUACGGUUUCAGACUAACAUUCUUGUAGGUGGAAGUGUUACCAUCUCCAACUGUGAGCUUGACGGUGCCACGGACUGGUCGGCCUCGUGUGAUGGUCACCACUACUGGACGAUCCUCGCCCUCGGCGAGAACGACAAGGUUACCUUCGCCAACAACUAUAUCCACCAAACCUCCGGUCGUGCUCCCAAGAUCGGCGCCCCAGGCUACUGGCACGUCUACAACAACUACUGGUACGACAACACCGGCCACGCCUUCGACAUGAGCGAGGCCAACAUCCUGAUCGAGGGCAACGUCUUUGAAGACGUCAAAUCCGCCUAUGAAGAACCUCACGACUCUGGCGCAGCCUUUGCCGUCUCCUCGGAUGACGUAUCAGCCUGCUCCUCCGCCCUCGGCCGCACCUGCGUCGCCAACCUCCUCACCGACUCCGAGGCCACCGCGGUCGCCAACUCCGACGUCCUCUCCAGCUGGCCUGCUGAUGAGGAAGGCGAGCUCACCAUCUUACCAGUGGAGGAAGUCGCCGCUUACGUCCUUGCUAACGCGGGAGUCGGCAAGCUCUCUUCCAGCGGAGACAGCGCUAGCAGCGCUGAGCCUUCCGAGAGCGCCACUGUCAGCGUUCCCGUCAUUCAAACCCCUACUGCCGGCGUUCCCGUCAUUCAAACCCCUACUGCCGAACCGGAGCCUGAGGCCGUGGUUACUUCCACGCCGGCUCCUGUCAUUGAAGCGCCCCAGGCCGAGAGCACCCCCGCCGAAAACGUCCCCGCUACUCCAAGCGGGUCUGCUGCCGCUCCUCCCAAGGGCGCCUGUGCCAACCGCAAGCUCCGUCGCCGCCACGCUCAGCAUUAA